AUGCAGCUAAGGAAAGAGGACUCCCGCGAUCUCAUUGAAAAUCGUGGCGCGGACAUUCACGAAAGCGACAAUCAUGGCCGCCUUCCAAUCCACGUGGCUGCAACCUACGGUAGGCCCUCUGUUCUAUCCUACCUCAUUGAAGCCUACUCGCAUCGUCUACGACCCUCAGCCAUUCCAAAAGUCUUCCUCGACGCAAUAGCCGAGUUAAAUGAAUCGGAUGAGGAUCACGAUUCCCUGAUUCUGGAUGUGAAUACUACUGCUGGUAGAAAUAAUGAGGAUCCCUCAAAACUGGCCAAAAUUGCUGCUGCUGCCAACUACCUUGACAAUCUUCAACGAACUCCUCUUCAUUGUGCCAGCUCCGAAGAAGCUGUAAACGACUAUCCAGAGUGUAUUUCCAUCCUCUUGCAAUCCGGCGGCGACCCGAUGCUUCGAACACUUCAAGGGAAAACCGCCCUGGAUCUCGCCUACGAAGCCGGACGUGCUAAGGUCCUCAUCGACAUAAUGCCUACAGCUAUGAUGGUGGAAUUAUUGAUGCGAAUUAAUGAUGUAGUGCCUCGAAGUGUUCGACAGAAGUACAGUGAAAAUAUCUCAACCAAAAGAACUCGCGAAUCCCCCUCGGUGUCUAUUCAACAACUAAAUCGAAAAGUCAGUGUCAGUGCACCAAGAAGUUCUCUCAUUCGACGACAUCCUGCCGUAGGACCAACCGAUGGAAAGGAGGAUAAUGUAAAUAACGUGGCAAUUUGGCGGAAAAUUCUUCUCAAUGAUGAUAUAGAAAUGUUGGAGUCCUGGCGGGAUUCCCUCCUCUGGUGUCAAGAGGAUCCAGGCUACUUGAAAAAGCGAAAAGAGAUUCGUGGAAGGGCCUUAAAGAAGAGUUUUCUAUUAGAUAAGCCCUCACCAAUGGAUUUUGAGACCUCCCAGGGUUUAACAGCCUUUCAGAGGUCUGAACUCUUCUUCGACUGCUAUGAGAACGGAACCGGUGUGCAUUCCUACAUUCAAUCCAACUUUGCAAUAAAUAUCAAAGCGCAUGACUUCCUUACAGUUCUACGAUCCCUGACCGGUCUGGUGGUGUUUGAACAACUCAUGGUGGAUGGAGUGGUCAUCCUCUCACCACUUCACACAUCAAUUCUCUUUUUGGCCUUACUGUGUGGACGAUUUCGAGUGGCUGAACUACUUCUCAGAAUGCGACAAUUUGAUCUCAUUCCAGCCAGUAUUCUCGUGGUACUCAUUCUUCAUCGACUUUAUCAAGAACCCACCUUUCCCGAACAGGUACGUUGUGAACUUCAACAAAUCGCCAGUCUAGUGGAAGCCAUCGCUGUGGAUGUUUUGACACUGGUGUCAUUGAAGGACAACACUCCAGAGAAGGAGAUCUGUCGAGGCAUACUCAACGCACCUCUGCGGAUUUGUGGCGACCUCUCUUUAAUUGAUCUCUGUGCUCAGGCCAAAUGUACCAACCUCCUGAGUCUACCCAUCUGUCAGCGUGUCCUCGAUGAACGCUGGCGUGGUGUCCUAACCCACUUACCCAAUUGGAUUGGUUUUGUGUCCCGAUUUUGUCCCCUCGUAGCGAUAGCCUUCUUGGAGCGUCGUGCACGCAAGGAGAGAGCUAAAGCUCUCGCCGAUUUUAUUGCUGAUGCGGCUAGUUAUACCACUCCCAACGCCAACUCUACCAACAAUACAAAACAUCCUUCCAUGGAAACCGAUUUCUUUAGUACUUUCAAUAAAGAUGGUGACCCCUGGAAGUCGACAACAGUCACGGCUUCACCGCAUCAUAAACGUGGAACUCGUUCCAAGGAUCAUUCCACUUCCAUUCUACCGAUGAUACGAGAGAAAAAGGCAUCGGCACCCACUCCACUCACUGUCUAUGAUCGUCUUUCUCGACAAUACGGAUGGCAGGGUUCACCGCGAUUAUCCUUUGUCAAAGCCAUCUACGCCUCACCAGAGGUGAAGUUCUUCUUCCAUUCCAUCUUCCAUGUCAUCUUUCUUGCCACCUUCACUGUGGUGCUUGUCAAUUCCCUUCAUUAUAAACUUCGUGUCACCGAGUGCUGUGCCAUUGCCUAUGUGAUUGGCUAUGCGGUGGAGGAGAUCCGUCAAAUCAUUAUUGAAUCUCUACGUGGACAAUUUAGUAAUUACUUCAAGGACAGUUGGAAUACCCUUGAGAUAUGUGCCAUUACCUUCACCUUGAUUGGAUUUUGGGCAAGAGUUGGGAAAAUUAACCAAUGGGCACCACCAGAACGCGAAGCCUACGAUCCCUCCUUCUACAUUGCUCGAGUGUGCUACCUCUUCGGUCUCCACCUCUUCUGUAUGCGAACCCUCUUUAUCACCUCCAUCUCACCGAUAAUUGGUCCACGGUUAAAGAUGAUGGCCGAUAUGUUGAGGAAGGAUCUAGUGCCCCUCAUUAUUGUCUUUGCCAUCUUCAUCUUCUCCUAUGGGGUAUCAUUUCAGGGUCUCAUGUAUCCCAACUCCUACAUUCAACAGACCCUUUCAAAUGGAACCAAGGUGUAUGGAAGGUUGCCCUUCCUUUCCACGGUGGAGAAGCUUAUCUCUCGUGCCUUCUACUCCAUGUUUGAAGUGAGUGUUGCACUUGAAGAGGCCGAAUGCAGACCGGAGGAAGAGUGUGGAAGUCAACUUGGCAAUAAAUUGGUCAUCCUCUUUGUUCUCAUCGCCUACACUGUGAUAGUCAAUCUUAUCCUCAUCAAUCUUCUCAUUGCCUUGUUCAGUAACACCGUCUCACGAAUUGGGAUGCAAUCAACAGCUCACUGGUUGGCAGAUCGCUAUCAAAUGGUGAAGGAGUAUCAAGAUAAAUCCAUGUUCCCACCACCGCUAAAUCUGCUUUCCAUUAUGGUGGAGAUUUGCUUCUGUUCCAGUCAGAUUUGUCGUUGUUGUUGUCGGCAUCGUCAUCAAAAGAAUGGUAAGAGUGAGGCUAAGGGCAUUAAUAGUCGAUCAGGUACUGCUGGACAUCGAGGUAAUAUCAGUGCCUCCGAAAGUCGCAGUUCUAUGGACCUCGAUGACAUUGAGAGUCAACACCACAUUACCAGCAAUACGCACAUCUGUGUGGACAAGGAGUUUGAACUCUACCACAAUGUUGCGAAACGCAAGUGGAAUAAACAACUGCGUAAUUCUCGACGAGUUCAGAAACUCACCCACAAUCUUCGCAGUGCCUUAUGGGGUCGUAGGACGGAGACGGAGGCGGUACUACAAUUUAUUUUGGUUCAGAGUUUUGCCCUAAAAGAUCGACGCUAUACGAUUGGUACGACAAACACGGCAUUACCCUCAGGCUGUACAAGUAUUACCACUGCCGCUGGUACCAUUGAACAUCGUCUGCAAGCUCUGGAGAAACGACUGGAUGAUUGGCUUCCACGCUUGAUUGAAGAGUUGAAGGCUCUAAAGGAGGCCCAACGUUCACCGUAUAGUCCUCCAGACUUCCAAAUGUCUCAAACUCUAGAACCUGGCGAGGGAUCAGAAAGGAUUCACGUAAACACAGAUGGACUUCAGGCGCCAACGCUUUCUGAGAGCUCCGAACGAGCUUCGGGCAUCUCAAUGAGAGUGCAUCAACCAUAUGACCUCUUGUACAGGCGACCCGUGUCGAAAUUAUAA